UCAGUCUUCCACAAUGAACCCUGUUUACAGCCCCGUGCAACCUGGGGCUCCUUAUGGCAACCCUAAGAACAUGGCCUACACUGGUUACCCCACAGCCUACCCGGCAGCUGCCCCUGCCUACAAUCCCAGCCUCUACCCGACCAACAGCCCCAGUUAUGCUCCAGAGUUUCAGUUCCUGCACUCAGCUUAUGCCACUCUGCUGAUGAAACAGGCCUGGCCACAGAACUCAUCUUCCUGUGGCACUGAAGGCACCUUCCACCUCCCAGUGGACACCGGGACCGAGAACCGAACUUACCAAGCAUCCUCUGCGGCUUUCAGAUAUACUGCAGGGACACCAUACAAGGUCCCACCGACCCAGAGUAAUACUGCUCCACCCCCCUACUCCCCAUCACCCAGUCCCUAUCAGACGGCCAUGUAUCCAAUCAGAAGUGCCUACCCCCAGCAGAAUCUGUAUGCCCAGAACCCAUGUGACGUUGGCCUCUCUUCCCAGGGAGCCUACUACACACAGCCCGUGUAUGCUGCCCAGCCCCAUGUCAUCCACCACACCACAGUUGUCCAGCCCAACAGCAUUCCCUCUGCCAUCUACCCAGCUCCUGUUGCUGCCCCCAGGACCAACGGUGUGGCCAUGGGUAUGGUGGCAGGUACCACCAUGGCGAUGUCAGCAGGUACCCUGCUGACCACACCCCAGCACACUGCAAUUGGGGCUCACCCUGUCUCCAUGCCCACGUACAGGGCCCAAGGAACCCCUGCGUACAGCUAUGUGCCCCCGCACUGGUAAAGCCUGCAGCCCAUCCAAAUCUGGAGUCACAUUGUAUGCAACUACUCAAGUCUUACACCGGUGCUGGAGCAGUCCCCUAGCAGCACCACCUCUAUUUGCAAGAAGAGACAGCGGAAGUGCAAGGGUCACUUUAUGCAUCUUGAAUGAUUUUUAUUUUUGUUUUUGGUUUUGUAAAAGCUGCUUUUUCUAAUAUCUAGGAGCCUCCCCCUGUGCCUCCCUCUUAGCCACUGCCCUGCUGGCUCUAGCCCCUCUUCCUACCUGAGUAGGCCCAGGCCUCUCUGCACUUCCUUCCUCCCCUAAGCAUCCUGUCCCUAGGAUCCCAGUCUAGUAGCAAGCAGAGAGUGAGGUUUAUUGCGAUGGUUCAUGUAAAGGCUAGAUUUCAUCUGGAGAGCAUAACAGAUGUGGCCCUCAGGUCUGCGGUAGGAACUCGGGGCUGUUGAGAAGGCCACAUCUGUCAGAUUGUCAUUUUGCUGAAGCAAGAUUAGUUCAAAUACGAAGAAAUAUCUUCCAAGAACCAUCGCAACAGACCAAGAACAAACCCACCUGGUUAUGUAGGAAUGUUAUCAGCAGCUUCAUGUCCCAGGCUCAGAACCUGGGAAAGCAGAGAAUUUGGGGAAGGGUGGUGGGAGGGAGGACACCAGGAAAGGAGUGUGAAGAAAGGGCAAGAGGGUGCUCAGUCUAGUUUGAAAGGUGUCUGGCCAUGGGCCUGGACCUUCUGAUUUGCACAGUGAUGUUAACUGACCUGGCACUUCCUUCAGAGAUGCUUUGACCUCAGACCUGCCAAACAGUUGCAUGGUGGUGGGAUCCCAGCAUCCAGAGGCUUCGGAAGGCCAGGGGCCUGCAUAAUCCCACCCUCAGCUCGAGCCUCAUGGACCCAACUCUGAGGAGCUUCCUCCUCAGAGAGUGGACUGUGGCAUCUCUCUCCCUUGCCCUUCUGUCCUUCCCCAUGCCAGGGCACACGUGUCUGUCUGUGGGGCUGGCAGGCAGGCCAAGCUCUUGGUUACCUUGUGCCAUUUCACGGCCAAAGUGAAGGAACCACAUUCCAGGUGGGAGCUGGCGGUUCUGAAGGUCAGGAUAGUGAAGGAAAAACAAUAGCAAUAAUCAUUUCAUACUCAUGGAACUGAAGGGACCUUAGCAUUCAUCAUCUCAUCCAUUCCCCUAUUUGACAGAUGAGGAAACUGAGGCCCAGAGAGACAGAAAGGAUUUCUCUGAACCUCAUAGUAAAUUAGCAUUAAAUGCAGCCUUCCUACCUACUGGCUUUUUGCCUACAUUUAGCAAGGGAUGGAUUGGCUUGGCUUUGUAAAAAUUAAGUCAGCAGUGCCCACAUCUGGUGAGCUCUGGAAUGACCUCUGGGCUUCUUUGCUGUUUUCCCUCACGGACUCCAAAGGUGGGGGUUGAAGACUAAGCAGAGGCCACACAGGGCAGAUGGCAGGAACAGAAAUUGCAUUUGGAAAGCCUGUGAAGACAUCUAGAGUGUUUAUUCUCUAAGAAAAGGAGCGGGUGAGCUGGCUGGAAGAGGCUUUGCACUUAGGAUAGCAGUCCUUUAUCCCAAGAAGAGAGGAAAGAAUGGGAAGCCACCAAAAGAGGAGACCAGGAGGAGGCCAAGCAGAUAAAACCACAUCUGGGAGAAGAAGAGGGACCCCUGGGACAAGAAGUCCUUCCUAGACUCAGCUAGGAAAUGGAUUGGCUGCCACCUUCCUGUGCCUGCCCAGCACUGGGUGGAACAGGAAUAUCUUACUGUGUAAAAUUGGAUCACUGGUAACAUUUGAGACUCAAACUAUUUUCAUUUUAAAUUCAUGUGAACUUGGACAUCACCUUCCUCCUAUUUCCCAUGUUCCCCUAAAGGAAGAAGAAAAAAAAAAAAGGAAGCCCUUGAGCUGGAAUGACCUCGGAAACAGUCUGACUGUUCCCAGGAGGUCAGAGUUCAUCAGCGUCUGUGGCCAAGAGCCAGAAGUUAGGGCUCCUACCUUCCUGGCCUUCCAGGAACUUCAGGACCAGGAAGAGAAAACUCAGUUGUUCUGGGGUGCUGACAAGGUUUUCUUUCCAAACAAAGGUUUGCAGUGUUGGUCUGCUUUUCACAAUGCCUCCUCCUACCCUCUUUGGUUUUGUAGAGGUGGAUGAAGGUUGCUAUAGAUUAUAUCUUAGAUGUCUGAAAAUGCCAAAAUAGUAAUGGUGGUAAUAAUCACAGGAUACCUUUGCACGUGUCAGGUGCUUCACAGAUGUCAGAGCACUUCACAGCCUUGGACUGGCCCUGGGAGCAAGCGGCAGGGCCAGUUAGUCCCCCCACUCGACACAUGUGGGAACAGAUUCUAGAAGGAAAUGAAAUGGCCCAAAAUGAGCUGUAUGCUGGAAUCCUAGCAGGCUUCCUAGACCCUGUGGCCUUCAGGUGCCCUGGUAAAAGAUACAAAAAGAGACCUAGGAAUGACUUCUUAACGUUUGUUCUUUCCACGCCAGUAAGUAAAUGCUGUUUGUGCCCCGCAUAGUUCAUGUGGUUUAUGCCUGAGAUGAAGGCAUGAUGCAUAGAGAAUCUAAGGCUCAGAAAAGGACAGGGACUUUCUGGUAAAGAAUCCCCUGCUGGCUCUAAUCUCUCUAAGCCUGAUCCACACAUAGGCUCAUGUUCUGAAGCAUCUAUGCUCUGUACCUCAUCUUAGACCUAAUCUGUGAUUCAAGAUCAGAAAGGCCCCAAGGUGAAAAUCAAGUGCUGACAUGCUAUAGUCUAGAGAACCAGACCAAUUAACCUUUUUUCAGUAACAGCACAAGAGCCCCAGUUCAGUCUGGCAAGCCUGGGGAGUCGUGGCAAAGGGACUGAGUCCCAGAGUGCAGUGUGUGUGUAUGCCUUGGGUUAGAUGAACAGACAGCUCUGGCAGGGUCAUAGGUACCUAGCAGGGGUACCCUAGGUAUCAUCUAAAGAUUCUGGAUGGCCCAGUGGUCAAGAUAGAUGAGGCCAGAGCUGGAAAGGACCUCUCACCGUAGGACAAGGGAUGUGCACAUGACAUCAUGACCUGCCACACUGGCAUCACUACAUACACAUAAGCUGAGGUGGAGGUGGCUCUGUUCAUCAGCCCCACUUUGCACCACGUGACCAUCUUCAGCAUCCCUGGGCCAGGAAGUUUGGGUCUGGAAACUGGAGUACUUCCAGUGAGUAAAAGCCUGAAAGUCUCUUGCUAUGCUUUCAAAACAAAACCAAAAAACAACUUUUUCUUCCUAUGAGAUAAAAUACCUUUUCCUUCUUGUUAUCCUGACUCUGAAGUACAUACCCCCUUCCCUGAGUAUUCACCAGGGACACACACAUCUGUCUGCCCAAACUUCUUUUUGUAUAUAAAGUACUUUGACACUGAUUGCCAAAACCAAUACUUUAAAGAUGGGGGGCAGGGGUCAUGAUGCUCUGAAGGGGUAAGAGACUUGCCCAGGGACACACAGCUCAUGAGUGAAGGAGCCUGGAUUUGAAUUCCUGAUCCUCGGCUCUUCCUGCUGCCCCACACAGAAGAGUUUAUGGAGACUUGGGGGAGCUCCUAUCUGUCAGCCAAGCAGAUUUUUGAGAAUUUCUGCUUUAGGCCGAGACUUAUAAUAGGCCCUGGGGGUAAGUCCAGCUGAGAAGUUGCCACAAAAGGCCUAACUCACAACAUCCAAGGUGACACUGUCCAGUCCUGAAGAUGAUUGAGGACAGUCCCAGGCAUCUUUGAGCAGGGAGUCUUGCUUCUUGGAAGCCUGCACACUCUGGCUCUCUGAUUCUCAGAUCCAACAAGGCACUUCAAGGGGAUAUGGCAUAAAGCCUGAACUUCUGAAAGCAUAUCUGGAGUCCUCAGGCUUGCUUGUUCACCAGGUCCUAGAGAGACUAACUAGGCUCUGUGCAUCUAGAUGGUUCCAUGUUUGAGACCUAGAGCUUUCUUUGGAAGGCUUGAUGCUGUGCCCUGAAUAGCCUUCAGAAAUGAGUCAUGGGAACAUAAAAGUAGGACAAGUCCCUUGGUCACCAAUUCUGGCAUCCUUAUUGUGCAGACAUGACACAUCAAACAAGGCAUGCUGACCCGGCUUAGUUUUCUGCAUAUCAAAUAUCUUGCCCCUGCUAUGGGCUCCGUGGUCUUCACGGCAUUCUGGCUGAAUCAGUCAUCAUCCCAUGUGUGAUUCAUGUUCAGGGAGCUCUGCCUUUCCAUCUUGUGUUAACCAUGGCACUGCUGAGUGUGUGGCCCCUAGUAUCUUGUCAAGCCUGGGAACCUAGAGAAGGGCAGCCAGGGUAGGAGUGGACAAAGGGGAGCAAAGCAGUGGUAGAAACUUGGCCAUGCUCACUGGUCAGAAUACACCCAAGUCUCUAGACAAACUUCUAUGGACAUGCCAGGCUGGUAGCAGGCUUGUCCUUUUCCUACACCUGUUCCCUCUCCUAGAAAAAAAAAAUUUGUGAAAUUCAGCAUUAUAUGGUUCCACAACUCAGCCUUUGAAAUUCCCAGCAGGCCAGCUUCAACAUUCCAUGGCCAGACUUGCCUGAGCCAGACUUGGGUCCCACUCCCUCAGUUUCUCCUGCAGGUAUUUCCUAAUUUACAAACUGUUGAUGCCAGUCAGAACGCCAGCCAGGAACAUAGGAGUUGAAACUGGUUGCCACAGAGCCAAAGAGGGACAUAGCAGCGCCUGCUUCUCUGUGGCUGCUAUAUCUGUAGUUCUUCAGUAUCCCUGCUGCGGCAGUGUGUCUGUCCUUUAUCCAUUCCAGCCUGAGGGACCAUUUUCUUUCCAGGAGAACAGAUACAACAGCUUUACAGAUAGCAGCAGCCCACGGGAAUCAAAUGAGUGAAAUCUGCUUUGGGCUUAACCCUAGCAUCUAUCCUUGACCCCAGCUCAGCCAUCCUGGCUCCAGCCAUCUUCCUCAUGCAUGAAAGUCAGACUAAGGAAAGAGUAGGACUGGCCCAGAGACCUCAGGUCAGCCAGAUCGACUGGAUCUGUCUUGUGAACCAUGCUCCUUACAAGGUGGGGCAAGGCUAGGCCUCCUGCACCUUGGAGUUGUCUUUGAUCUCUGAAGGCCCAGGGCCUGUCCCCCUUCCUGUCUUCAAGGCAUCUGCAUCCUUCUUUCAUAUCACAUGACAGAGAAGCUUGUUCUCAUGGCAUGUAACAUCCCUGUGAAGAGAGCGUUGUGUAUGAUUUUGUAUUUUUUAAUUCAUUUUAACCUACAGGUUGGAAUCUAAUUUU